UCAGCCAGAAGGCAGAAACAUAAGAGAGAAAAACAAAAGCUUGCGAUCUGAGGAAGAAGAUGGAGAAACACAUAGAGGAUAUCUUAAGAAAAAUCUCGUUCGGAGCGAUAACCGUAGCAACAUUUACUCUAUUAAUGAUGAUCCUCCAAACCCCUGAAACUUGCAUCAUCGAAAAAACACCCAUGGUCAAAUUCCCAAAAUCAUCUUGCGACUCGUCGCACCGUCAACACCUUCCAAUCGAAAAAAAAAACCAACGUCUCUGGUCCACCAAGUCAUGGAACCAACAAGUCCACGCUCACAUGCUACACUUUCAACAACUCCAACGCCUCAGCCUUCUCUUUAACCACUCCAAAGUCCUCUGCAUCUCGGCCGGUGCGGGCCACGAGGUUAUGGCUCUGAACAAAAUCGGAGUGGCUGAUGUCACCGGCGUCGAGUUGAUGGAUUCGUUGCCGUUAGUGAGCAGGGCCGACCCGCAUAAUUUGCCCUUUUUUGAUGAGGUGUUUGACGUGGCGUUUACGGCGCAUUUGACGGAGGCGUUGUUUCCAUCACGGUUUGCUGACGAGAUGGAGAGGACGGUUAAGAAUGAUGGGUUGUGUGUGGUUCUUGUGGAGCAAUGUGGGGCUCAAGAGCUCAAGGAGAUCGUGGGUUUAUUUAGAAAGUCAAGUUUUGUUGAUGCGGUUAAUAUUAAGUUUAUUGGGUCUAAUAUAACUCGGAUUCUAAUGAGAACAACUAGAGUUUCUGCUUGAGUGUUUGAAUUUCAUUCCAUUCGUUAUUUGUUGUAGAGUUCAAUUGAAUUUUAUGCUCUGUUGCUGAUGAAUUAAUUUUCCUAACUUUGUAAUAUAGAAUUAGCUAGAUUGGUUUACAUGGUAUUUUAGACAUCAUAAAUUGUAUCUACUGACUUUCGGGAAUUUGUAAUAUAAUUUUGCCUUGAUCAAAACCUGAUGAGA